GGAAGUGAACAUUAAAUCAAGAACAAUUUUGUACGUUAGUGUUUUUGAUUGUUGUUAUUUAGACGUUUAUUAACACCCUGGAAUUCAACAUAUGACUAAUUUAUCUGCAAAGAAUCACAUACCCCAGCUAGUAUUUAAUUCGCGUUGGAGACUGGAUUUGGUUGAUAGAUGUUAUUUAAGUAAAGCUAGCUAGUAGCUGCUAACAAUGGCUAAACGUUUGGUUUUUCACACUCAAAUAGCCUCCAUCAUGGAGGUACUAGCGAAUGCAGCCGUGGCAGAGAUCUGUAAACUCGUAGAUGACGACUAUGCAGUGUUUUGUUUGGAAAUAACUCAAAGCCAGAAAGAAAACAGGACAUUGCGGACAGAACUGAAAGUGGCGCGGGAGUGCGCAGAGAAGACAGCGCGUGAGCGCGUCCUCGCCAGUCGUCCCAGUAGUGUCAAGAUCCUCGACCGAUACAGAGGAAUGGCAAGAGGUGAAGGCCACAGGAGUUUUAUGAAGCCAGCGGGACACAAUGCGUGGAGAGAUGACCAACCUAUAGCUAUAGAUGAGGGGAGUGGAACCUCAACCCAGCAUGUUAUCGUGGAGGAGACUGCAGAGGCUGCAGGCCCUGGGGUCAAGCUGGAGAGGUCUGAAGGAGAGGACCCACGGCACAGCAGAGACAUCCAGGAUGGUGCCUCGUCUGGAGUGGCACCCCCUGUAGCCAUAGAGGACCCCACCACCACACCAGCGCUGCCCAGGACCCGACACGGCAUCACGGACGUCAGUGGAACGCUGAAUGCUGUCCUGAAGUCAGAGACAGACACUACGACUUUAACAGUGCUGGAGCGACUGGGCAGUCCUCCUGAUCGCCACUCUGAGUAUUUACUUUACGGGAGCCCGAGGAAGGUUCUGUCCCAUCAGGAGUCAAGUGACACGUUACAGAAUAGCAAUGAUCCGUCCUAUUCAUACACUACAGAGACAGAGAUAAUACCUGAUGACAUGCCUGUGGGCUUAGAUACACAGACUAAUCCAAUGAGAGGGGACUGGAACCAGUACAGCAGUAGUGUAUACUCUGAAGGGUCCCUAGAUAAGAAAGGGGAGGGUCUGGUUGUAGAUGAGGUGACUGUGAAGGAGGAGGGUGACCCUCCUCUGACAUGGAAUGCAGACGACACUCACUUAGGAGAAGGACAGUCACAGGGCAACACUAGUGACUUCUUGGACUACAGGGAAAGCUUAGAGCCAAAUCCAAAUAUCGCAACCCACUCCCCUUUACACGCGUUCAGGGAUUCAGACCCAGAGUCCACAUCGAUGGCACCUUCCAAUUCACACGGCUGUGUCCUUUUCGAUCAGGUAUUGAAUUCAAAGGAUGUAAGGUCCAAGACUCGAGGAGGGGGAGCAACAUCAGGCAACAGUAAAGAGAAACAGUUCCUCUGCAUGUUCUGUAAGAAAGGCUUCAGCUGCCCCCAGAAGGUGGAGAUCCACCAGAGGGUCCAUACAGGGGAGAAAUUAUUUAGUUGUACCCAGUGUCACAUGCGCUUCACCCAGGCUGGCACCCUGAAGAGACACCAGAGGGUCCACACAGGGGAGAAACCCUUCAGCUGUACCCAGUGUCACAUGCGCUUCACACAGUCUGGCAACCUGAAGAUUCACCAGAGGGUCCACAUAGGGGUGAAACCCUUCAGCUGUACCCAGUGUCACAUGUGCUUCUCCCAGGCUUGGAACCUGAAGAGCCACCAGAGGGUCCACUCAGGUGAGAAACCCUUCAGCUGUCCCCAGUGUCACAUGAGCUUCUCCCACUCGUCCAGCCUGAAGAGGCACCAGAGGGUCCACACGGGGAAGAAAAUGUACAGCUGCCACUAGUUUGGAAAUACUUUUCCCCCACCAGAACCAGCUGAAGAUGCACCUGAAGCUUCACAUGGGAGAAAGGCAGUCUGCCUGUGAGCACUGCAGGAAGAGGUUCUCAUAGGAGCUACCUCAGGAUACACCAGCAGAAAAAACAUUUCAUUAUACAACGUAGAAAGUAACCAUUCCACUUGAUAGCUUCUCACGUUUAGAUCAAACCUUGCAUUGAAGACAAAGAUACAUUCCGAUUUAGAAUUAGAAGAGUAACAGAUUUCAGUGUUGAAUAUUCCUGUGUAGAAUAUUGCAGCCAGGCAGUGGCCGUGUCCGAAUACCCAUACUAGCGUACUUCAUACUUAAACUGCAUAUUCAUUUUGGCAUUUGAUCUAGUAGAAUUCACUAAUGUUUUCCAACUCAUGUGUUUGAUAACAGCUGAUAAUCCAAGAAAUUGAUGCGCUGUAUAAAAAUGAAAGCAUGG